CAGAAUUGGAGGGUUUGUUAAGCCGUCGGAAACUAAUGGAUAAACAGAUCGAGGAAUACGUGAAUGAAUUGCCGGCAAUUGACGCCAAUAUCGCAUUGAAUGGCAAACUAGAGCUCAAUCACAGGGACUGCUAUAAACAAUUGGUUAACACUUUCUAUCAUAAGUGUUAUAAUUUGGCUGAAAAUACAUACGGAAUCCAAAAACUGCAAACAUUUGUGAAUAUUUGCGAACAAAUGCGUGACUCGAGUGAUGCGGAC